AUGACUUUUGACAGAAGAGGCAUUCACUGUUACAAGCUUUUGGAACCGCAAUUGAAGGUUUUGAAAGGACUAGGGGUACGUAUGAUUCUUGAAAAAAAAGAGGAGUUCAAUAAAGCUUAUGGAAAUCUCCUAGGAAUUCUCAAUACUGAAGUCAACACCAUAAAUGUGCACACUCUUAUGCAAUUUUAUGACCCUCCACUAAGAUGUUUCACCUUUCAAGAGUAUCAGUUAGCACCUACUAUGGAAGAAUACUCUUAUAUUUUGGGGAUUAGGAUUAAGAAUCGGGUUCCUUUUGUAUGCACUAAAGAGCUCCCAAAAUCUCAUAUUAUUGUUGAAGCCAUCCAUCUGGAGAAGAAGGUAGUGGAGCUUAAACUCAAGCUUAAGCGUGGAAUUCAUACUACUUUUGCCGAUGUUGGAAGAUGGAUGGCUUUCAAUGCUAUUCUAGCUUUACUCAUAUAUGGGAUUGUAUUGUUCCCUAAUAUUGAAGACUUCAUGGAUCUGGCAGUUAUCCAUAUAUUUCUAACCAAGAAUCUUGUUCCUACUUUUCUUGCUAAUACUUACUACUCUAUCCACGUGAGGACUCAAAAGAAGAAAGGAACCGUCAUAUGUUGUAUUCCUUUGCUAAGCUACGAUAAUGUCAAACUCAUCCUCAACUAUGGUGAUUUCCCUAACGUACCCCUUAUCGGUACAAAAGGUGGAAUCAACUACAAUCAUAGAUUGGAACUACGUCAGUUGGGAUACCCAAUGGUGGACAAACCUGAGUCCAAGCAUGUGGAAGAUUUUGUCUUAUACGAAUGGGUCGACAAUCCAGAGUUACUCAAGAAAAUUAUCAAGGCUUGGAGAGAGAUAUGUCCUCAAGGAACAACUGAAAUGGGUAAGAAGAACUGUAUAGCCAAGAAAGCUUACACUCGAUGGGUUAAGGAUAUGGUUAAAGAGAUUUUGUUGUCGUUUCCAUCAGAGCCAUCUAUGAGCAUCAAGCCUUCCAAACUCAAUGUUAAUCCUAUCUCUUAA